AUGCACGUCAGUCAACGAGGUGCGCGGCCACCAAAUGUCGCCUCUCCCUCGACUCCAACAGGCAGCAUGGAUUUUACAGGACGAGGGGCGGGCAUCAGUGCCUCCGCAGGGAUGGCAGGCAUAGGAGCCGGCAAAUCAGGAGCAGCUUCCAGCUUCCGCUCGUAUAUACAAACAGAAAGCUUCCCGCAUGACGACCACACCGCUUCUGCCCAAUGGAGCACUUCCGACUCGUCCCAACCUACAGACCCCUCGCAGACAUACCGAGGCUUCUCUACUGCACCGUCCACCAGCUCCUUUGACGCACAAGCGCCCAUGCCCUCUUCGUCUUCCAUUUAUACAUCUCACUCAACGCAGCAGCUUGGACCUUCAAUACCCGAAUCAUCGUCAGCGUCCAUGCCCGCAGCAAGCUACAGCGCUUCUCCGGCGUCCUCCAGCAACAACCAACAGCGAGCAAUUUCAGAAGAGGAAUUGCUGGCCUUCAUUGAUGAAAAGCGUGCUCGACCACGCGCAAACGGGUCCUUCUCUACAUCUGGGCGAUCAAAGCAAACCAAGGACGCCAGUGACAGCGGCAACUCUCUAGAUACCCUCGAUCUCUGUCAUAAACGUAUCGAGCGCCUUCCCGAAGCUUUGGUGAAUGCGAUCAAGCAUCAAAUCGUCCGCCUUGCUCUCGGAUACAACCACAUCACUCGGCUGCCGGACAACUUUGCCGACCUGAGCAACCUCCGCUACCUCAACAUCCGUGCCAACAACUUUGCGACCUUUCCAGAAUGCGUCACCAAGAUGCCCAAUCUCGAGAUCCUCGACCUGAGCCGCAACAAGAUCCGCAAGUUGCCGCAGGAACCAGGUCGGCUCCUUGCUCUCCGCGUUUUGAGCAUAAACGCCAAUCGCCUCACAGAGCUGCCGGUAUGGAUUGGCAGGAUGAAGCAUCUUCGCAUCCUCAAGCUCGAUAACAACCCGCUCGAGUGGCCUCCACCGCACAUCUCCAAGAUGCCCAAUGCAGCACCACCCAAGGCUCCCUCUUCCUCUAGCAGCUCCGCAGCGGCUGAACGCGAGAAGGCUAAGCGAUUCGAAGACCGCCAAAUGCUCGUCUGGAUCUCCAAGCUGCGAUCCUGGAUCAACGACCCCGCCAACCAACCACGGAAUGACGCAGUAGAACAAGCUCUCGGGAACGGUAGCAAUGCGCACGACAUUGCCGCGCUGACAAGACACGACAUCGAAGCUGACUUUGCCAGUCCAGCUAGGGCCGACGGUGUUGAGCUGCCUUCGGCGCCAUCCGACGGACUCAUCUCACUUCAGGUCGAUGUGCCAGAGAUGGUUCAGGAACAAGCGCACCCGUUAAGUGCUGGGGACGCCAACACAGCCUUGCAGACAUCCAUCACCUCCAUGCCGUCAGUUGCAGUUGCAGCGGCAGCGGAUGCCAACCCAAUGGACGGACGAGCAGCAGCAGCUGGACUACUCCCUCCGCUGGUACCCCAAUCAUCUAAUGCUCAUGGAAUCAACAUGGUUCGCACCACCGCCAGUGCAUCGUCAACGGUACAACCAGCCGUGAUGACCCCGAGUCCGCAACAAGACCAUGUCCGAGGUGCGGCCACGCAAUCACGGAUACCGCAGGAAGUCAGGCCAGAAUUGCCUGCACGUCCUAGUGAUGUGAUGGCAAGUGACUUCACACCGGAAGACACCGAUAGUCGACAGCAUGCCCGCAACAACUCGCACUCUGUGGUCCAAGACAUUGCCACCACACAUCAGAUGGAAGGACGUCGCUCGCUGAAAAGCAAAAAGUCGCUUCCUGACUUGCGUAAGAGUCAUGAAGAUAUUUUGCAGGAACGCAGAGACGUUUUAGCCGAGCAGCUUCCUGACAGAAAGGCUUCAGAAACCAGUAUUCAUGGACCGGAGAUGCGAAGCAGAGAUCGCACAACCUCGAAUGCGGCGGCGUCCCCUUUCAAUCCCGUACAGAUGCAAGCGACUCAGAGUUUAGACUCCGCCAAGCAGCCUUACGUGCGAAAGCAAUCGCUGCUUCAGGCGCGCCGAGUACCUCGACCGAGUCUAGGUAAUCUUGUGGGUCCCUCGGCUCGUCAGGGGCAUGAGGCUGCCGCUAAUGGAUCUGCUGCAACCCCGGUCUAUGGCGCCUCGCUCAGUGCAGGGCAGCCUGCUGCAGCCUCGAGUCAAGGAGGCGGGCUUCGCAAACUCAGCUUACUCACCGUCGGAGCCACACAAGCGGCGGCUGAGGCGGCAGCUGCAGCGCUUGCUGCUCGAGCUGGCUACAGCAGUAACACUCCGCCACGCUUUGAUGUAGGUCACGGAAGGAUGGCGUCGGAUCGAAGCGAUGGCAACUGGCCAGUACGCUCCGCUUCUCCCACCGUCAACGGCGCACGCAACGCAGCAGACCAGGAGCGCAACAGCUACUUCCGACGUCUAUCGACGCUGCCGCCAUCGACCAUCUCAAAGGCUGUGCCUGCGCCGGUCCUCAAGUUUGUUGAUGGCACUCGCGGCGUGCUCUUUGCGCUGUCUCAGAUCCAUGCCGCCAUUGGUCAGUUCAUGACUCCUGUCAUUGAUGAGAGGAUAUCAAGCCAGUUCCACAGGCUUUUGGAUAUCUCGAAUGGCUCCGUAGCCAACUUGAUCAAUGCGCUCGACCGCUUCGACUCGCUGUCACGUCGCGGCACACCUGAUGCAAGUGUCAUCCGCGGCGUUCUCGUCACCUGCAAGGACUCCGUGAUCACCUUUCGCAAGCUAAUCAGCGUGCUCCAGCUCCAGCUUCGCGCACUGCAGAGCAGCUCCGAUGUCCGAUACGCUCGGACACUGCUGUUGAUGCUCUACGGAAGUAUGGCUGAGGUCAGCAAUAGUUGGGGCGAGAUGGCACCCCUCGUCGAAGAAGUGCAACCUUAUCUCACGCAAAUAGAACAGGAAGUCGGCUCGCCGGCAUCGUCUGAUGUCGCUUCUGCUGCUAAUACCAGCGCCGAGAAGCCUACUCCACCACCUUCCACUCGCGUUGGUAGCCUGGCGCAGAAGAGCAUUAGCACCACCAGCAACGGUUCUGCCUCGAUACUGCCUAGCAUCGCGGAGGUUUCUACUCCAGUUCGUGCCGGCAGCCGACCGUACCUGGCCAGAGGUGCCAGUCGCCGUCGUCACGCUGGUUCUUUCAGCGCGCAAGAUCUGGCUCAGGGAGCCGCGAUGACACCGAGCGGCAGCAAUCAGCCGCCCUUCAACCUUGAGGAUCUGCAAGCUGCGUCGGCGUACAACACGCCAGCAAAAGGCGCAAAGAGUCGACGCCAGGAUAGUAUGGGCAACAGCGCCAGCAGUGCAGCUACAUUUGCGCAGUCCGACUUGUCUGAGCGCAGCACUACUGUUGAUGGAACGGUCCAGUCAACGGCGCCCAGCACUCCAGGUGGUGCCGGCAGUACUGCCACAAUGUCACAGCAGCGAAAUAUUUAUUCCACACCUGGAGCCACGAGCACGCCAACAUCUUCGAGGCAAAAACGAUCCGGAUCGAAUGCUAGCUCAGCCAUGGAUCAGGCUACGCCAAGAAGUCAGGUCACUACUCCAGCUACGCCAGCUGCAGCAGCAGGCAAACGUCAUGCUGCUUCCCAGUCAAACGGUACAGCAGCUGGGUUAGGAGGAGCGGCUGCCACUGCUGCUGCCGGAAGUCGUCUGCACGCGGCUGUUUCCGACCCCAAAAUCAGCGUCGAUGACCACCUGCUAGAGAUGGUCGACGAUAUUACCAAGCUUUCUGCUCGUGUUUGGUCGAUGCUAUUUGAGCAUCUUCGAUCCGCCGGGGUCGAUGAUAAGCCGGACCAUCAGGUAGAUGCAUUGCCUGCCGAUGCUAAUACUAGGGAUGCUACCACUGGAACAGGAGUUGACGACGACAACGGAGAUGGUCGUCCUUCUUCAGAUGAGGCUGGAGGCGAAACAUGCGAGCAUACUUCUGCUGAAGGCAAGCCUCCCGCGGUCGUGGUGGAGGGCGAAGAAUCGACACAAAGACUGCGCGACUUGCGCGAUCUAGCAUUCAUCACCGACGAUCUCACCUCUCAGCUCCGCUCCACGUAUCUACGAGCACGAGAAGAAGAGCAAAGACGAAUCUCGCUCGACGGCAAUCGCAGUGGCGAUGAUGACAUUUCUCCACUAUCCGCUGCCAUCAACCCUGGUGAGGCUGCUAUUGUCAAGGGCGACACAGACGAAAUCUCAGCCCCACCAAGAACAGCACCGGUCAUCAUCGCGACCCCAUCACCGGACAACAUCUCUCAAGCAACCGUCGCAAAACUCUUUGACAAAUCGCACCAAUUCGUUCGUGCCAUCGUCAACACUUCCACCCUGAUCAAGUCGAUUUCUGUCUCACACGAGUUUCCAAGGGAUUUGAGGAGGUUGUUGGGCCAAGUUGCACAGGCGUGUUCCAAUUUGACCGUCUAUUUGCUUUGGUUGAGUCCUACUUCUGUUAGUUAG